UGCAAUUACCGGCACUUUAGUAAAUUAUCGACGGAGAGGAAUAAGUGAGGGAAACGGCGCACUUGUGUCGCGACGAGCGGGAAGGUCUAUAAUUCGAAGAAGCAGCAAUAAAAUUGCGUGUCUGCUUUAUCCGAGACGGCACGAGUCCCUUAUCGUUGUCGCAGUCACGAAGGAAUCGCGUAGGAAUGUCGCAAAAAACGGCCCGUAACCGUUUGGACCAAUUCCGAGAAUUAAGUGCUCUGCACAUCACUUAUCUCAAGUACAUUGGCUUAUGGGCUGUUGACUCCGAUUCGUCUGCAUUGUUAAAAUGUUUAUACUUCGCGUAUAACAAGUUUAUUCUGACAAUUAUGCUCGUCUUCAUGGUGACUCUGCUGGCUGACAUUUGUUCGAGCUUCGACGACCUGUCAAUCGUUACGGAUGAUGGAUGCAUCUUCGCCGGGAUCGUCGUCGUGUUUUUCAAAGUGAUGAUCUUCCAAACACGUCGCGCGCAGAUCGUGCGAUUGCUGCGAGAGACUAUCGACGGCUGCGAUCAACUCUGCAAGUUUCCCGUUGGCGAUGAGGGCGAGAUCCUGGGCAAGUACCUGCUGCUCUCUCGCGUAACCUUUUACGGGUUCAGCACGCUGGCCGUUUUCCUCGUGAUCGCCUUGCUCUUCCUCGUGCCCGUGGAGGACGGCGAACUUCCGGUCAGGGCACUGUAUCCCUUCGACACGACCAAGUACCCGUGGCACGCAGUCGGCUUCUUCGUCGAAGCCUGCACAGUCUCUAUCGGCAUGACAGCCAUCAUCGGGAUGGACAGUUUGCAUACCAACCUUUGCAAUCUGUUUCUCGUGCAUCUCGGGAUCUUGAACGAACACUUCAAGAGCUGCAGCAGCAACGGAAUCGAGCGAGACGAUUUAGGCUUUCGUUUCAAGAUCUCAUCUUCUACGGUCGAGGAAAGGAACCGCGAAAAAGAUAAUUACGAUUCGGACGAGAUUCGUCGCGGCAGCAGUAACGUCUUCGUCGAGCGGUUCAGGAGAUCUAUCCGCAAUCAUCAACGUCUGCUCGCUAUAAUAGACGACUUCAACAAGGUAUUCAGCGCCGGCAUGUUCGUUCAGAUGCUCUCGAGCACCUCGAUGAUUUGCCUAACCGGCUUCCAAGCCGCUUUGGUCGUGGGCCAGAGAUCCAACAUCUGUAAGUUUUCGAUAUACCUGGCGGCGGCGGUCUCGCAGCUCUUCUACAUCUGUUGGAUAGGAAACGAAGUAAUAUAUCAGAGCGCGUUGCUAACUCAAAGCCAGUGGCUCUCGGGAUGGAGUGAUGAACUUUCCUCCAAGACCGGACGUCUGAUAAAUCUAUCCAUGAUAUUUACAAAGAAAACGUUAAAUCUGAAAGCAGGUGUCUUCUAUGUCUUAUCUAUGGAAACAUUCAUUGCGAUUCUAAAAGGCUCGUAUUCCUUCUUCACUCUGCUGACUACUAUGGAAAACGAUCAGUGAUUCCGACA